AUGGCGACUGCUCUCGCUGCUCAAUUGGCGCAGGUGGCUGCCAAUUCGAAGUCCACUCUCAACGUCAAGGCGCAAAAGGCUGCCCAUUCAAAGUCGUUGAUAUGGGAACCUCGAGUCGCUGCUACUCAGAGCUACCAAACCCUUUAUACAACCUGCUUCCAGGGCUUUGAGGAGCUCUGUCAACUCGAUGCUCGAUUCGCGCCCUUCCAGUCUACCAUCUUCAGCGAGGAGAGUCAGAACCAAGAUCGUACCCAGCUCACAGCUUCUGAGAAUGAGGAACUGGACCGCCGGGUCGAGGCCUUCCUGCGCCUCGCGGGCAGUCGACUAAGGCUGAUGCCUGCGAUAAAGUCUAUUGAGUGGCUCAUUCGAAGAUUCAGAAUUCAUGAGGAAAACACACAAGCCCUGUUGCUCACUUUCCUGCCUUACCAUUCCAUACCGGCCUUCGCUACCCUCCUUUCGAUUUUGCCGAGCAAAAUCCCUCACGACUUCCGCUUCCUCGGCCCUUACAUUCGCUCCGUCACAUCGCCCCCCCGACAUGUUUUGGUCCGCGAGGCUAUUCAGCACCCUUCAUUUUUGACUCUCACAUCCGAGUACACCCUCGAAUCAUGUCGGAUGCAGUACAACUAUUCCGCCUUGGUCUCAUUCUGGGCCGGCAUCAUGACAGAGGCCGUCAGUGGUAUCCUAGACAAGACGAGAUCAGGCCGGGCUGCAGUUCAGAGCGAGAAUGACCAGGCUCUGCUUCAUCGACUGGGACCUGUCUUUGCUGAGUCCUUGGUCAUGAAGAAAGUCCCUAGUAUUCAGAUUGCUUCAUACAUGGCGAUCGCAGUGUUUGUCGCCAAGGGCAACCUUGAGGAUAACGCUGUCACUGCAUUCAUGGACCAGACGGUCUAUGGCUGGACUAACGACACGGUGCGGCCUGCUCUUGUAUGUCUGGCUAUCUUGGCGCAAUACCGUUCUGCGAAGCAAAUGAGCAGCAAGACCACAAAAGCGCUUAUGAAGGUCACAGAUAUUGGAAAGCUACUUGUAGAGAUCGGCCAAGAGCGGCGGGUGGACAAACUAGCCAAUGGCCUCUGUCUUGCAUUGAUAGAGAGACUUGCCAAAAAGGGCGACGCUCGAGGUUUGGCGACUAUUAUCACUAUUCUCAGCAGCUCGGUCCUUAAGGACAAACAAAUCGCUGUAAUCUUCAAGUCUCUUAUCUUGACUGCGCAUCGACUUAGCGAUGAUAACGACGAGGACGGCGCACUUCGACGGGAACUCGGUUCAGCACUGAUUGCUCUGUCUCAGAGCACCGGCAAAUCUGGCGACACUAUCCAGUCGGUUAUUGAAGAAGUCAAGUUCGAUAUUGAGGAGCUUGAGAUGAAGCUCGAUCUUUCAUUCCGCUCUCGACGACUCCCCGAUUCGAUCAAAGACGAUACAGAAAUAAGUGAUGACAAUAAUGAGAAGAACGUACCCCAGGAUCUGGGUUCGUUACUCGAGGAACUUUCCAGCCGGUCCGAAUCGCUCUCUCCUUGUCUCGUGCCUCAACCCGGCGAGAUCUUUGACGAAUUCAGCCAUAUCUUCUUUUCUGUUGUUUCCAAUAGCACGCAAAAUGAGGGCCUGCUUUCCGAAUUCGAUCUCAACCCCAAGCUUCACCGACAGACCGCUUUCAAGGACUGCACGUACUUCGGUUUCUUCGUUCGCAUCUGGAGCGGUCCCUACCCAGCCCUAGCUCGUGUUGCAGCUCUGGACAUGACUAAGAAAAGGUUAAAAGUUGGCGACGCUGGAACAGCCGAUCUCCAGGCUCUGCUCCCCUACUGUAUCUCAGCACUCAGCGAUCCUUCUAAGCGCGUCCGUCAAGCCGCGGCCGAUCUAAUCACUGUCCUUACUGGUCUAUACACUCCUCCAGUUCCUUCUACGGGACUCAACCUCUGGGGUCAACAGAGCCUCUACGGAAAGUCCAAAGAAAUAAUGUCACUACCAUCUGAUGUUGUCGCCAAGGUUUUGCAUCUUCAGAUUCUUCCUACCGUUGAGGAGUGUGUCAUGGACCCUGAACAUAUCACUGCCGUCCUUCGUACCGCAAUUGAGCAAGGCAAAUACCAGUCCAAGCCGAACCCUGCGUUGGAUAAGAAGGACCAUUUGUCCCAACCUGGAAGACUAUCUUUCCUUCAGUUUCUAGCCUCACACAUCGUCAACACACCAUUGAUUCUGGUAAAGAGCAGGUUGUUGAAGACCGUCAACGAAGUCCGAGGCGUCAGCACCACGACCAGAACGCAACUUCUACUCCCUGUUUUGCAAUGGUGGGCAAGUCUUAGCGAGGAUGAAGCAGCUAAGCUCUGCAGCGCAGAACGUCUAGAAAAGUCAGAUAUGGACAACUGUUUUGUCGAUGUUGUGGUGCCAAACGAUGUCGCAGGCUUAGAGUUCUUCCUGGAGUUUCUCAGAGAUCCAGACCAACGAGAAAAGGCUGAUCUUAUUCGCGCAACUUUCACUCGCAUGAAGAAGAUGUGGUCUUCUAUGAAGCCUAAUGUCAAGUCAACGGCUGCUGAUCAGUUGCUGGAGAUCUCCCAGGAAGCAGCGGUCUCAACUGACAGCAAAUCGGUAGUUUCUGCAGAGGCGGCCGACUUUUUGAGGAACGUGCGACUCACCACCGAUAUUCUUCAUGACUUUCUUCAGUCGAUACAGACUGGAACGAAGAUGGUCACCGAGCCUCCACCUAACAAGCGCCGCCGAACUAGCUCUUCUGGAGCCGACCGUGGUCUCAUCACCCAGGUUACUCCUGAACUCAGCCAGUCGCUGCGAAAGGUCACAUUCGUUCUGCAGCUAGUCGAGAACUCGGACCCAGUUGAGCAUCCUGAGCUCUUGGAUGGCCUGUUUACUGCCCUCUCUGAGCUCCAGCACUUUAGAACAGUGGUCGGAUCUGAGCUGGGCUACCUACAGAACCUCAUUCUUCGAAGCCUCUUGGCCAUGAUGCCAGCUUACAAGGCGAAUAAGAAGCUCACGAUCGAUAGCUCCGGUGGGUACGGAGAUUUGCUUGUGAACUGCAUCCAAAGAUCUUCGAGUCCCGUUGUUCAGAAUGCUGCCCUUCUCCUGAUUGCCAGUCUGGCCACUACUGCGCCGAACUUGGUCCUGCAUAGUGUCAUGCCCAUUUUCACCUUCAUGGGUACCUCGGUGCUUCGCCAAAGCGACGACUACUCUGCCCAUGUUGUGUCUCAGACUAUCAAGGAAGUUAUUCCUCCACUAAUCGACUCUCUGCGUCAGGGGCAGAAGAGCCCCAUCGCUGGUGCCUCCGAUAUUCUUGUCAGCUUCACAACGGCAUACGAGCACAUCCCCGCUCAUCGACGACAGGGGCUGUUUGUUGCCCUUGUCGAGACCCUCGGCCCACAAGACUUCCUCCACGCUCUUAUCAGUAUGCUGGUUGAUCGAUACGGUGCGAGUGACGCUCUGUUGCAAUUCAUUAUCGAGUUAUUGAAUCACUUCAGUAUCCCAACACAACUUGAAUCGCUCGUCAAGCAGCUCGAUCUUAUUGCUGACCUGUUCAAGGCAAAGCCUGGCAUCUCUCUCGUCCUCCUCGGUGUCACUGACGAGACUGAGGACAAAAACAAGGAUGUCGAAGCCAUUGCUCUCCGACAGCUAUCGGCCUUCCCUAGCUUCUUGGCUAACAAGAAACUCAGAGCGCAGAUCGGAGGUUUGAUGGAGAAGGAUGAUAUGGAGGCAUCAAGGCUGAGGGAGCUCUAUGCCACACUUCUCGAAAACAUCCUUGUUCUAGCUGAUACGGUCAAGGCGAAUAAAACUCUCCAUGGCCGCUGCGGACAGGCUCUCUCCAAUCAUCUCAACUUAUUGUCCAUUGGAGAGUUUAUCAAGGCUGUUGAGAACCUGCUCGACAGACCUGACAUGGGACUGCGACAAAAGGUCCUGCGUGCUCUUGAGGUUCGAGUGGAACAGGAGAGCAACACCGACCCAGCAUCAAGGACUGCCUUGCUUGCUUUCCUUCCGCAGCUUACGGCCGGUAUCAGAGAGUCGACCGAUAUACGAUACAAGCACACCGCUGUUACAUGCGUUGACAAGAUUGCCGAAAAGUAUGGAAAGAAGGAUAUCGAGGCUGUUGUGGCAGCAGCUACAACAAUUGCUGGCGAGCACUGCUUGGGGCAGUCUGAGGAGCGGCUCCGAGUUAUGGCUCUCUUGUGCCUUACCUCGCUCGUGGAUGUACUGCAAGACGCCAUCGUACCCGUUCUGCCGAGCGUAAUCCCGCAGGCUGUCGAGUAUCUCGCCGAAAGCUUGAGGGGGGAUGCUCGCGAUGAGGAACUUCAUGUUGCUUGUUACGGAUUCAUCAGUGCUCUGGCUCAGCACCUUCCCUACAUGCUUUCGACAUACGUUGAUCGCAUUCUGGAAGUCUCCAACAGAUCGGCCGAGAUCGAAUUGGAUGAUGAUACGAAGGAAAGCCGUGUCGAUUGUCUUCACUUCCUGGCUAGGCAACUUGAAGCGAAGGAGAUCUUCUCGGCUAUGGACCGAAACUGGGAUAGUGCCAGAAGUGCCGGCUUUUCUGCUGUUGCUGAAUAUCUUGAUGUUCUCGGCUUGGCCAUUGACAAGCACCCUAAGUCUGGCAUUUCCAAGAAUGCCACACUACUGUCGAGCAUCCUCACAAAGGUCUUUGAUCUGCGACGACAGGAGCAUGCUAAGGGUGAGAUUGGUGAGCAAGAUCUUCUGAGGCUCAGUGCUCUUGACGCCAGCACCAACGAUAAAGCGUUGAAGAUGAUCUACAAGCUCAACGAUGCGGCAUUCCGACCUGUCUUUGUUCAACUCAUGGAGUGGUCAAGCUCUGGAUUGUCGAAGAGCGACCGAGUAGGACGCUCGCUACGUCAAUACAGUGUCUAUGGGUUCCUUGAGGCAUUCUUUGGCACUCUUAAAUCGAUCGUUACCAACUACGCUACAUACAUUGUCGAGGAUGCAGUCAGGAUCCUGAAGUCGGUGGAUCUGAAGAGCCCCGAGGAGAGACAACUCUGGUCAAGGGUACUACGGACCCUGGCCAACUGCUUCGAGCAUGACCAGGAUGACUUUUGGCAGGCUCCGGCCCACUUUAGCGCCGUUGGGCCGGUCCUGAUGGAGCAAUUCUCACAUGCUGGUACGGUGGAGGUGACUGAGGAGCUCAUCCCAACAACAGUGGAGCUGGCCUCGGCGGCAGAUUCACAGGCUCACCAGAAGGAGCUCAACUCUGCCCUCCUGAAGCACCUGCGAUCCGAGUCUGCGGCAGUGAGACUUGCCGCGGUCAAGUGUGAGCAGGCACUGACAGAUCGUCUUGGCGAAGAGUGGCUGUCUAUGCUGCACGAGAUGCUGCCUCGCAUCAGCGAGUUGCAGGAGGACGAUGACGAGGUAGUUGAACGGGAGACACACCGAUGGAUAGUUAAGAUUGAGGGAGUGUUAGGAGAGAGUUUGGAUGCCAUGCUACAAUAG